UUGCGUGACGUAUAAUGGACUGGACGGACGCUUCUUCAGGAACAACAAGGCGCCAACUCUUUCGACCACCUCGGUAGCUUGCUAGCCAACAUAAAAGUGAAAGAUUGACGCUUUAGACCAUCUUAAUGUACAUUAUCUAAUCUCAGUGUUUUAAACACAGUUCUGUUGAUCUAUUAACUGGUUAACUGUAACCUAAUUUGCAAAUUUGUUCAAGAUUUAUGCUGAGCCUAGCACUAGGCUAUUCGCUAAUGCUAACUAACUAUAGCUAACAUCCCUGACCAUGAGUUCAUUAAACUACUCAUCCCUGCUAUAGAAGAGGAGGUCUGCUGUUUGGAGAAAGACGUUCUGGCGCUGAACAUUGAAGAAGAGGAUGAGGUUACAGUGAAAGAAGAGAAAGGACCUUUUAGAAUGAAAAAGGAGGAAGAUGAGACUGUUAUAGUGAAGGAAGAAGAUGCUGUUAUAGUGAAAGAACAUUUCAGAAUGAAAAAGGAGGAAGAUGAGACUGUUAUAAUGAAGGAAGAAGAUGCUGUUAUUAUGAAAGAACAUUUCAGAAUGAAAAAGGAGGAAGAGGAGACUGUUAUAAUGAAGGAAGAAGAUGCUGUUAUAGUGAAAGAACAUUUCAGAAUGAAAAAGGAGGAAGAGGAGACUGUUAUAGUGAAGGAAGAAGAUGCUGUUAUUGUGAAAGAACAUUUCAGAAUGAAAAAGGAGGAAGAGGAGGCUGUUAUAGUGAUAGAAGAGAAAGAACCGUUUAGAGAGGAAGAGGAUGCUAUCUCAAUAAAGGUGAAGGAGGAAGACGUUUUUGGAGUGAAAGAGGAAGAGACAGAAUAUCAGAUUAACACCAGAGAGAGACAUGACUAUUAUGGAUCCUCUGGGGAGCCUCAACAACAUCCUGAUGCUGACGAGGAAGAGAAGAGUCUCUCCAGAUCAGAACACCAGAUGGACAACGCUAGCCCCUCCUCCCUCCCGGAGUCCCCGUGUCGUGCCUCUCCUGGUAGCACCUUACUGCUGGGUAUGAAGAGGUUGUCUGUGCUGCUGGUGGACUGCAGGAAAACAACGGGGCUGAGUGGAACUGUGAGAGGAGGAGAAGAGAAGAAAGGAUCAGAUUUGACACAUCAAAGACAAUGACCCAACACACCUCCAGGCUGUGUAAGAGCUAUUUGACCAAGUAGGAGAGUGAUGGAGUGCUGCAUCAGAUGACCUGGCCUACACAAUCCCCAGACACAAUCCCCCACG